AUGUCAUACAAUGGGUACGGUAAUCACAAUCAUCAUCCACCCUCUUCCACAUUACAAGUGAAGUCCAAGUUUGAUUCAGAAUGGCGACGUUUUUCGAUUCCGUUGUCAAAUGGUGUAACAUAUGAUGGAUUCAGAAGCCUUGUCGAGAAGCUGCAUCAUUUGGAGAGUGUUCAAUUCACAUUGUGCUACAAUUCAGUCAGUGGAGACCUGUUGCCAAUCACAAAUGAUGACAAUCUUCGAAAAUCAUUCGAGUCCGCCCGUCCAUUGCUCCGCCUCCUCAUCCAACGACGUGGCGAAUCAUGGGAAGAAAAAUACGGAUAUGGUACCGAUUCGGAUAAACGAUGGAAAGGAAUUUCAUCGCUCAUGCAACAGAAACCACCGAAACGGAGCUAUUCCAUUUCAAAUCCUGAAGAUUUUCGACAGGUUUCCGCCAUCAUUGAUGUCGAUAUUGUUCCAGAAGCACAUCGAAGAGUUCGAUUGUGCAAACAUGGGCAGGAAAGACCACUUGGAUUUUAUAUUCGCGACGGAACAUCUGUACGUGUGACUGAACGAGGUGUCGUUAAAGUGUCAGGAAUCUUCAUUUCACGUCUUGUCGAUGGAGGACUCGCUGAAUCCACAGGUCUACUUGGUGUCAAUGAUGAGGUUCUUGAAGUGAAUGGAAUCGAAGUACUUGGAAAAACAUUGGAUCAAGUUACAGACAUGAUGGUUGCCAAUGCACAUAAUUUGAUUAUAACUGUAAAACCCGCCAAUCAACGAAACACGUUAUCACGUGGACCAUCACAACAAGGAACACCAAACCCCAGUGUUGAUACAACUGGAUCAUCAGCCACUGGUGGAAUAUCUCGACCAAUGAAAAUGAACGGAAGUUCGGAUGGAAGUUAUCACCCAAAACAACACGAUCCAAACGAUUCGGAUUCUGGAGAUUCGGAUCGAUAA